AUGAGCGUCUCCGAACUUAUCCAAUCAAUAAAUAUUGCACUAGAGAGGGUAUCACUUUACCCAGUAGCACUCAACCUUGCAGCUGAUAUGGAAAUUUUCGAUAGAGCAGCUACUUUUUCCACGGCCGGAAAAGAAAUUCGAGCCGAAGACUUUGCUGCUCCGAAAAAUGCUGAUACGCCGUUAGUUGUUCGAAUCAUGAGACUUCUAGUGGGAAUGGGAUUCUUCAUCGAAACGGCCCGAGAAACCUACAAACCAACAUCCUUAGCAAGCGCUCUCGUCACAUCAUCUCCAUAUGGCCAAUCUAUAAUCCACAUCACAAACCAAAACGAAGUUCUAGCCCCUCUCCCGACCUACUUCGCCAAAACCAGUUACAAGAAUCCCAACGAUGCUUACGAUGGGCGCUUUCAAUUUGCCCGACUAACUGAUCUCCACGGUUUCGACUGGAUCGCUACUCAACCUCGUCUCCAACAUGCUUUUAAUACCGUCAUGACCAUUCCACGAAGUAUUGGUCGUACAGCAUGGCACGAAUAUUUUCCCGUUGCGGAAAAACUCGUUGUAGAUUCACCUGCGAAUGCCGUUAUUGUUGAUAUUGGAGGAGGUAUUGGCCAUGAUUUGAUCCGUUUCAAGGAAACACAUCCAGAAAUCCAAGGAAACUCAUCGUCCAAGAUAUUCCGAAGAGAAUGUGUCACUCGAGAGCGCGUGUGCGGAUUGGAUGAUGAUGGGUGGAUUUUCGGCAUUGGAAAGGACAGAGACGCAGUUCAAGGAUUUAAUCGAGAGCGUAGAACUGGUGUUGGUGAAGUUUUGGGGAGCACGGGGUGUGGUGAAUGGGCCAUGGGAAGGACGGAAGUUAUUGGAAGUGGUUAA